CGCAAUUUGCAUUACGAAUUAGUCGUGGGAUCAGAACAACAGAUCAGUCAAGCUUGAAAAAGUUUAAGAGCAAAGUCUUAUGAAUUAUGGUUGACAUCCAGUCCUUGAGUUCUCACUUCAUCAGCUUUCUCAUAGUAUGCAGCAUCAAAUCGGCUACAGGAGGGCUUGUGAGGGGACCGUGGGGAGCAUGGGGGUCUUGUUCAUCAGAUUGUAAUGGCAAACAAACACGAAUAAGGCCCUGUGAUGCAGACGAACAAGAAACCUGUGAAGGACAGACAAGGCAAACGAGAUCAUGUAGCAAAGAGAAUUGUCUAACAACACCAAUAAUAAUCUGCAUCGUCCUUGGGGCAUUGAUUCUACUGGCUUUAGUACUACUUGUCCUUGUCAUAAGACGAAAACUUAAAACGAGAAACAACGAAAAAAACCAAUUCGACAUCAAUGCAGCAGAAGAAUACUAUGAUCGAUCUCUGAGAGGAAGUACUUCACGAAGUUAUUUUGGAGAUUACCCUAGCACCUCACGGAGUUUUCAUGGAGAUUUCUCGUCGACUUACGMGUCGUCCAUAGCGAGUUCUCGUGCUACUAUUCCAACUAUAGCUCCAUACCUACCAGACCUAAAAGAAGAAUCGGACUUAAAAGUUAACGUAGAUGACACUAGCUCUCUUGGAAGCAUGCAAUUCGCCACUUUGGAUUUCGAAGUCAAUGACGAUUUUUAAACACACAGAUUAUAAAAAAAACAAUGGACACACACAAAGAAAACAAUGGCAAUCCCAGAAUAGGUAAAAAACAUGGAGACAGAUAGCUGUUAAUAAUUUCAUUCUUGAACCCCUUGUUGUCAACACGGCACAAUUUUACAAGCAUCAGCAGCUUUGUCAGUCAUGCAUGUUGGGAGUCAGCUUUUAUCCAGCAAUUUUUCGAAAAACGCACCAAAGAUUUAUCUGCCCAAGGUUUGUGUUGAUAUGCGACCACGAAGAUAUAUUACUUGCCUAAUAAAACUUAACCUCCGGCUUGAUAUAUUUUACGCCUUUUUCGUGUUCUCCCAAAAUCCCGCGUAGUUUAUUCCACCAGCAACGCACGAAAAUGUGCUGUUUAUUGCUGAAAUAUAUAUUCAUAAAAGCUGUCAAGAAACCAAUCCAAUGCCCAAUAAAGAUGUAAUUUUCUUGAA